AUGCAAAGAUUGGGUUUUGAAAGAGAAAAAAGCAAAGGGCAGAAUUUGUUUGCAAGCAAGCAAAGCACCGAAGCAAACUGCAGAUAUGGAGGUCCUACUCUCAAAUGCAAAGGGGAAAAUGAGGAUGGUGUGUUGUUUUCAAAAGCAUCGACUUUGAUGGACAAUGGGAAUGAUUUCAACGGGCAGGCUGGAUCUAGAUGCGAGGACGAUACUGUAUACGAGAGUCUGAUAGCGGUUCUAUCAGAUGCCAAUGGUUUCGUACGUGCCACACCAAGGGCUCACGUUGGCUCCAACCAGCUAUGGACCAGUUGUUGUAAAGCGGUGGACUCUGGGUGGCUAGUGGUGAUUCGUUUUGCUUCUUUUGUAAUCAUGGCCACAUUCUUGUCGUGGGACACAGUCCAAUGGGAUGCUUCCAUUUUUGUUUACUACACCGAGUGGACAUUUGCAUUGGUUAUGAUCUAUUUUGCGCUGGGAACCGUCUUUUCUGCUUAUGGAUGUUGGGUGUGCUUAAAUACACCUCUCCCUGAAAAUGGUGAUAGGGACGUUUUUCUGAGAGGGGAUGUGGAAGAGAACGUAACUGAAAACUCUGACUGUUGGGGAAAACGGAUGAGUUUCAGCAAAGUGCUUAUGCAAACUAUAUAUCAGACUUGUGCAGGUGCUGUCAUUCUUACAGACAUCGUAUUUUGGUGUGUUCUUGUUCCGUUCUUAUCGAAGUCUAGUCUUGGCCUUAACAUGUUAAUGGGUUCCAUGCAUUCUUUGAACGCUGUUUCUCUUAUCCUGGAUACCCUUCUCAAUAGCCUUCCAUUUCCUUGGUUCCGUCUUACAUAUUUUGUUCAGUGGAGCUGUCUGUAUGUUGUUUUCCAAUGGGUUCUUCAUGCCAGCGGUUUUACAUGGUGGCCGUAUCCUUUCCUCGAGCUUAAUACGCCAUGGGCUCCUUUAUGGUACUUUGCCCUUGCUCUGGUCCAUAUCCCCUGCUAUGGCAUGUAUGCACUUAUUGUAAAAGCUAAAAAUUCAAUCCUCCCAAAAUUGUUCCCUCGUGCUUUUGUGAGAUCGUACUAGUUUCUUUCUUUGUAUAUGGAGAAGGGGAUAUUGUAC